AUGGCUGCUAAAUCCGUUCUUAUUACGGGCUGUAGCGAGGGUAGUAUCGGCGCUGCCUUAGCUGCUGAAUUUCAAGCCCAAGGAUGUCAGGUCUUCGCAACGGCCCGUGAUGUCAGUAAGAUGCAAUCUCUUUCCAAACUCGGAAUCGAAACACUUUCUCUCGACGUCAAUUCAGAUUCAUCAAUUGCUUCUGCUUUCGCAUCAAUACAAAAAGCCACGAACGGGUCCCUAGACUAUCUCAUCAAUAAUGCCGGCAUCAACCGCAUAAUGCCCUUCACCGACUCAAAGGUCGAUGACUUUAGGCAUGUCAUCAACACCAACCUUAUUGGUGUAUUAGCAGUUACACAUGCUUUCCUACCGCUAUUGAUCCAAGCAAAAGGCACUGUAGCGACCGUUGGAAGUGUUAACGAGAUUUUCUGCCCGCCAUACCAAGUGGCUUACAACGCAUCCAAGGCCGCUGUACACGCCAUGUCCCGGACCCUACGAGUGGAGCUUGCGCCACUGGGCGUCAAAUUUAUUACACUAAUGACGGGAAGUGUACGCACUAAGUUAUUCGAAAAUGCGCCCACCAAGAUCCCCGAGGAUAGUUUUUAUCAUCCUGUAGCGGACAAUAUAGAGAAACGCGACUUUCUCAAGGAAGCCCGUUGGGUCGAGCCGGAAGAAUUCGCGAAACAGGUUGUUUCCGAUUUACUCAAGCCGAAGCCGAAGUUGGAGAUUUGGCGCGGAGGUACGUCGACUAUUGCUUGGGUCCUCUCAUGGCUGGGUUGGGAGGGUAUGUUGGACCACGCUAUGAUUAAGGGUAAUCAACUUGAUAAGGUCCAUCAAUAA